GCAGCGGCAGCGGCAGCAGCAAUGCCACUACGGGGUUUGCAGCGACGAUACAGCUGAUGUUCAAGGGCGGCAGCGCACUUAUUGAGAGCGGACGGGUGGCGGACGGCGAGCGGGUGCUGGGCACGGUGGCAAGCGCCUGUGUGAGCCAGAUCUGCGAGGAGGAUCCGCAGGGGCGCGAGAGGGACCGGAAGUGGGUAGCGGUCGGCGACCGGCUGCUGGAGGUGCUGCCGCAGCUGGGCGCGCGUGCAAUCAUCGACACGGCGUUCCGCAUCCUGGCUGAGCUCAAAACCAGCGGAUCGACACCAGCGGCGCUCCAAGGCCUCCUUCCGAUGCUACUGGAUGCGCUGGGCGCCGUGGGCAGCGUCGAGAUCGUCGGCAGCGAGAUUGGCCGUGGCGUGGAGGCUGGCGGCAGCAUUACGCGCACGGGCGCCGAGCUCAAGGCGUACUGGGUCGAGUGCGCCUGCGCAUACCGCUGGGCGCCACAGGCGUCGGUGGCAGUGAGCGCGGUGCUGCGCGAGAUUGCGCUCGGCCCCGGACUGGCCGAGAUGGUGGCCGCGCGCAUGCUGCGGCAGCUGCACGUGGUUGGCCUGGCUGAGCUGCCGCCGAUGGUCGCCCAGCUUCUGCUGUUUGCGCGGGGCGGCGGCAAGCGGCAGAUCCUCGGGGGCAUAUUUGCGCUCUUCGACGCGCUCGACGCGCGGGAAUCGGCAGGCGCCGCGGCGGACUCUGGCAGGUGGCGUGCGCUGGGCGACGCCGAGGGCGCGGCCAUGCUGCAUUUCACGUACGGCGUCAAGCAGGACUUUGAGCUGGGCGAUGCGCUGGUGGCGCAUGCGCGCGCGGGCAUCGAGGCCGGCAGCGCGCUGGCGCCGUUUGCGUGCGCGUGUCUGCUGGCGCUAGCGCGCAUCCAUCGCUUCGCCGACGCCGUCACGGCGCUGCUGCGUACGCACCUUGUGCGCAGCAUCCACGACGCGCUGGCGCUGCAGGCGAUGCCCUGGGCGGCCACGCACCUCAGAAAAAACCGCGCUGCCGGCGGCCGUGCGCACGAGCGGUUGCUGGGUGCCGUGGUUGCACGGUCGGCUGCGUACGGAUGGGACCAGGCGACGCAGGCGCUGGUGCACGUGAGCCUCGCCACCAUCGACCACGCGGCGGCAGCCGCGCGCCGCGGCACGUACAGCGCGCGCGCGUGCGCCAUGGCGCGCCGCGUGUGUGUCGGGGCGCUGCGCGCGUCAUUCGCAGCGCACGCGUUUGUGCGCGGCGAGAUCAUCGGCCAGGUUCUCGCGCGCGCAGCAGCAGCGUCGGCUGAGCCGUCGGCGCAGGCGCACGGCCACGGAGGGCUGGUCGGGCUGCUGCGUGCCGUGACGGCCGACGACCUCGACGCCGUGCGGCCGUUUGGCGGGCGGCUGGUCGAUGCGCUGGACGCGGCGCCGGAGGCCGUCGAGCAGCUGCUUGCGGCGGUGGCGCCGCUGGUGCUGGAGGACGCGGGCAUGCGCGGCGCGCUGGUGCUGGUGCUGCGCAAGGCGCUGUUUGCCCACAGCCUCGGCGCCCGCCGCGCGGCGCUGGCCGGGCUGUUUGCGCUUGCGCGCAGCAUUGCUGCGGCGCUCAGCGACUGUCGGGGCGCCCAGCGCCGCGGCGAAGCGCUGGUGUCGGCGCUGUUGGAGGUUCUGGCGCUGGUGCGCCGCUGUUUGACGCAGCAGCCAGAGGUGCGCGCGCUGGCCUACGAGCGGCUCGCGCUCCUGCUUGACCAGCCCAGUGCGCGCCGCUGCGCCGUGCUGCUUGCUGCGCUGGGCGAUGUUUUCCGUUGCGAGUUUGCUAAGCACUACUGCGCGGACAGGGCCGAGCCGGCGCCUGUGCGCAUCGGCCUGUGUGUCAGCCCCGGGUCGCACCGCGUCGUCAUGCCCGUGGCGCUGUUCCUGGGGUGCUUUGCCAAGCUCGUGCGCGCACGUGCCGCCCUGGAUGCCGGCAAUGCAGCAGAGGCAGCGGCCGCGGCCGAGAUGGCCGACGUGUGUGCGCGUUUUGCCCGGGCACAGCUCGAGGACUUUGGGCUAAAUGCCGCCGGCGACUACACUCUGAGCAGCGGCUCGGGGCUGCGCAACCACAGCACCUGCGUGCUGGUCAUCGGCUGCCUGGAUGCCUGCAUGGAGCAUGCGCUGAUGCAUGGCGUUGCCGCCUCUGCCAGCAGCAGCAGCAGCUCAUCAAACACACACGCGGGCUGCGCGCUGCUGGAUGACCCGACGCUGGCCAUGGCACUAUUCGCCAAGCUGGCGCGGUUCAGCGACAUUUUGAGUGCCCGGUGCCUGGACGACCGCAACCGGCGCGUGAUUGGUUCGCCGCAGGAGCUGUCGCUGAUGUCGCUGCACUCGGCUGUGCGCGUCCUAAGGCUGCUGCUGCCGGACGCCGCGCAUGUCGCGAGGGCGCGGGCCUCGGACGGGCUGGCUCUGUGGUCGGCCAAUCACCAAUUUGUCCGCCAUUUGCUGGAGGUCGCGUUGGCGCGGGUCCAGCGCCGCUCAGGCAUGGCCUACGCUGGCGCCUCUGACUUUGGUCCUGGUCCUGCCUCUGGCUCUGGCUCUGGCUCUGGCUCUGCUGCAGCGGUGGCGCCGGUUCCGGACGUGGCCCUGGUGCUCGAGGCCGCGUAUAUUGCGUUCACGGGCGCCAUUGCGCACUACGCUGCCAGCACUGCAACCAGUGCGGAUGCGUUCGACUCCUCUGCGCUGCCAGCGUACUUGAAAUUAAAAGGUCUGCGGGGCCGCAGUGUCUCGCUACUCUGUUGCGACCUGCUCCUUGCGUGCAUUUCCAGCCUGGUCGCAUACGAUAUGCUAGACUGGCUUGCGCCGACGCUAAUGCGCGCAACCCCCGACCAAUACCAAAGUGCUGCCACCGCUGCCUUCUCGGCGGUGGAUGUGGCGGUGCCACCACUAGGUUCAACGUGUGUGGACUUGGCGAGGCUGAUUACGAGGCUGCGAAAUGCCGUCGUUGUGAUGAUGGCUCGGAGACCUAUGCUGGUGAAGGAAUGUGUCAGCACAAUGGCCGCGAUGCACGCCCUGGCUGUGCGCCUGACCGAGAUUCUGCCAGAUACAUCGCCAGCAUUAGCAACCACGACGGAAACAACAACCGCUAUACACAGUGACACGGACGACACACUGCCUGUAGAGGACUUGCAGAGCGCGCGGACCAGUGCCUACGAGUGUUUGCGCAGCACAGCACAGUGGUCCGUCCGGCUAAUCACUGGCACGCCACCCGCAGACCUAGGCUUGCUCAAGGGCAUUGUUGCAUUGCUCAUGCUUUGCCAGCCUUACCAUACCCAGCCAUCAUCCAUCGACCCAUCAUCUGUUGCACCCAUCAGUAGCGCCCAUGAUAGUGCGGAGAUCGCGCCUUUGCAUCACCUCACUGUUACGCUCUGCCGCGCCUCUCGCAUUCUUCUCGGCGCGCCCAUACCUGAUAUUGAGCCGACAAUGAUGGAGAUGGAAGAUCCGGAUCUUGAAGUUUUCACCGCGCGCACUGUCCCUGCGCUCCUCACCACCAUCACUACGUGGCUUCGAUCUGAGCUGCACCAGGUGGACUGGGCGGUGACCCAGCUGAAGCUCACCACCAAACAGGAGCUCGCCCACCGGGAGCCGCACGACACUAGUGAUUUGCACCAGAGUAUUCUCGUUGAACGCCGUAUUUGCCUGCGCCUUACUGCGCUUGCCCACCUUAUGAAGGAACUCUUGGUUCCGUAUUUGCCCAAAGUAUCCGUAGAUGCUGUACUGCGGGCGUUUCAGGAUAUGCAUCGGACGUUGGGUGGGCUGACAAGAGCUAAGCUGGGAUGUGUGGAAUUGCCUAUUACUGAGUCUUACGUUGACUGUCUGGCCCUGGUGUGCUCUGACUUGAACUCCUUGGCGUACCAUAUGUUGCCAGAUAUUUACGGCAAGGGCUCAAUCGGAGACCCAUCGGGGGAUUUCCCUGCCAAUUCUAAAUUAUCCAAAACCGAUAAUAAAGAAAAGGGAAAGAUGGGAAAGGGGGGGGGAGAUUCAGGUGAAUUCUCGGGUAGUAGCAACAGAUCGUUGUUGGUGGUUAGGAAUAAGGCCAAAGUUAUGCGUGAUUCCACUUUGGUGUCAUCGUUGAUUUUUCAGAUUGAAACCUCGGAGAAAUACGUUAUUAUGUUAAGUAAUAGGUUCAAGGUUCCUUUGGCGCAUUAUUUGAAGCGAAGUACUGCGAGAGAUUUUAGGAUUGAGGUGGAUGCUAUUCCGGAUGUUUCCGAAAUCUGUCAUAAUAGGCAAUACCCAGAAGAAGAAGAAGAAGAAGAAGAAGAGGAGGAGGAGGAUGCUCAGGUUGAGGAGGUUGAGCUUAGUGAUGAUGGCGGUAGUCCAGUGACUGAGACCAUGGAUUUGCUGGAUAUCGAUGCAGAGCAUAAUUCUGAUGCUGAGGUUGAUAAAAUUGACAAUGAGAUUGACAUUGACGAGGAGAAUAAUAGUGAAGACGAAGACAGCGAGGAUAAUCGAUUUUCUAAACUCCACCGAUCCAAGCGCGCCCGCCAGAACUGAAUCCCAAAGCAAGUCAAUAGUUUACCUUUAUUAAGAUAUAUUUAAAAAUGGUUAUGUAUAUGUGGAAUAAAUGAAUUGAUAUAUA